AAAAAUUCUAAAAAAAAAAAUCUUGUCAUUUUGUCCCACACAUAGUCCUAACCUUAAGUUCUUCGUUGAGCUCUCACCAGAUACAUCGCAUGGUCCCAUCUUGUCGCGUCUCCUCCACUAGGCGUCCCUCACAUGCUCGUCGCCAGCGGUCUCCCAGUAAGUGCUCGUGUGUUCGUUGUCCCUCCGUUCGUUACCUCACUAUUGCAAAGCUCGGCAAAUCCAUUCACAUCAGAGCUGGCUAUACCCUUCAAGAAAAAGUUGCCAUUUAUCAACCCAAAGUUGCUCUGAUAAUGUUGAUGAUGCAGUUAAAGAAAGAGAUGGCAUCACAUAGUAGACCUCCGGGUUAUGAUCCUAUAUUAGAUCAUUCAAAACCAAAGACAAAAUCGGUAAAGAAGAACAAAAGGAAGAAGGAAAAACGACUUCAGGCUACCAUUGAAAAAGAAAAGAAAAGUUAAACUAUUCUUAAUUCUAAUCUUGAUACAUAUACUCUAUUACUUUAUCAUCAAUAGAAAGGAAAAGUUUGGUUUUUUAUCAUUUGAAAG